ACUGAAUGAGGAAACAGAGCGGCAGCAGGAAGUGUCGGAUGAUGGCAGCAGCACAGCUUCAGGCGGAGAGGUGCAGAUUUAGAAGCGCUUUCUGAUUCAGCACAGCCUGAAACACAGAGGGAGAGCGGCCGGCGGAGUCCGACAACCUAUCAGCAGCGGGGAGAGAGCGGCAUGGCGGCGGGCUGUUUACUGAGAGAGCCCCGUAGCUCCAGCAGGAGAGACCGGACCCGAGACUGCUGCAGCCCGAGAGACUGAACCUCACCGUCUCCACUGCUCCUUACUGCUGCUCAGAGCUUCUCACUGCUCCGUAAAGCUCCUCAUACCUCCUUACUGCUCCUCAGAGCUCUUCACUGCUCCUCAUACAUCACCAGAGCUUCUCAGAGCUCUACUUAACUUCUGACAGCUGAGGACUUCACGUCGUUUAGCUUAUCUUUAUUAUUUUGCAGUGAGUUCAGCUCUCUUCCGGAUCCAGCAGAAACUUUGAAGUCUUCCAGUCAUGACGUCCGCCAGGUUAAAGUACCUGUCCCUGGGUGUGCUGGUGUUCCAGACCACGUCGCUGGUGCUGACCAUGCGCUACUCGCGCACCCUGCAGUCAGACGGCCCACGCUACCUGGCCUCCUCCGCCGUGGUGGUGGCUGAGCUGCUGAAGAUCCUCACCUGCAUCGGCCUCGUUUGCAAAGAGCACAGUUACAGCGUCCGAGCUCUACACAGCGUCCUCAGACAGGAGAUCCUUCACAAGCCCAUAGAGACGCUGAAACUGGCCAUUCCCUCAGGAAUCUACACUCUUCAGAACAACCUGCUCUAUGUAGCGCUGUCCAAUCUGGAUGCGGCUACGUACCAGGUGACCUACCAGCUGAAGAUCCUGACCACAGCUCUUUUCUCGGUCUCCAUGCUGGGACGCAGACUGGGUCUGUACCAGUGGCUCUCGUUGCUCAUCCUGAUGGCUGGAGUGGCUCUUGUACAGUGGCCCACAGACUCCCCGGGCACGCCUGAGAAGGAGCAGCCUGCGUCCGGUUCACCGUUUGUGGGGCUGGUGGCCGUGCUGGUGGCCUGCUGCUCCAGCGGCUUUGCCGGCGUCUACUUCGAGAAGAUUCUCAAAGAGACCAAGCAGAGUGUUUGGGUCAGGAACAUACAGCUAGGUAUGUUCGGCCUGGUGUUCGGCCUGUUUGGUAUGGUGCUGUAUGAUGGAGAGAGAGUGCGGGAGCAUGGAAUGUUCCAGGGCUACAACUCUAUCACCUGGACCGUCGUCUCCCUACAGGCUCUGGGAGGACUGGUCAUAGCUGCUGUUAUUAAGUACGCAGACAAUAUCCUUAAAGGCUUUGCCACCUCGCUCUCCAUCAUCUUGUCAACACUUAUCUCCUACUUCUGGCUACAGGACUUUGAGCCAACGAGCAUCUUUUUUCUGGGAGCAGUUUUGGUCAUAGUUGCGACGUUUCUUUACGGCUAUGAAAGUAAACCAGCAUCCAUCCCCAGCCGGGCAUAACUGGGGGAGCUGGAGACUCAGGAAGUGUGAGAUCCCGAGUUAGAGGAGAGGAAAACCAAAUGGAGAAUGGAAAAGGAGGAUUUUAACAAGAAUGAAGGAAGAGGAGGAUUGUGGGAGGAGAUGAACAGGUCCUUGUGGUGCUGAUCUGGGAUGAACGCCUUGAUGUGAGCAGAGAAUGGAGACUUUGGUGAGCUGGAGGAGCCAGAAUUACCCCCAGAUCACCUCUUGUAGUGAUAUUUUAUGCCAAAUGCUGACAUACUUGAUGGACAUGAGCGAGAGAAGCUCUCUGGAGCUGCAUCUGCUGUACACGACGGAGGUGCACAUCCUUUUAACUUUGGGAAGUGUUGGGACUUCUAUUAAAUUCUAUUUAGAACUGAAGCAGGUACUUGGGCAGCACCAGCAGUCAGGUCAAAAGGUCACCAUUAAUUCAGCCAUAUCAGCCACGCUGUGCCACACCUCAGCUGUGAUGGAUGGAGGUGUUGUCUCACAAGUGUCACCCAUCAUUUCACCAUCAAUAAAGCCUGCGUACCCCGGACGAGAACGAGAAUAGAAGUAGAAUGUUUUACUGAAACUUGAAGAAAUAUAAAGAGAAAUAAUAUGAAAUCACUGUAGGGGCGGGGCAGGGGGGGGGGGGGUGUUAUUGUUUGUAUUGAUGGGAAGAAGGAUUCCCAUUGAAUGGGAAAAGUAAUUUCUUCACAGCGGUGUCUUCACUCUGACUCAAGAAGAAGACACUUUCUGUACUGAUCAUUUGACAAUAAUCAGCCAUGUGACUCAUGCCAGUAAAAUUCUUCUUAAAAUGAAAA